UAUGUCAGUAAGCCUAAUAUAUCUGUUUCACUAACACAAAGGACGUAUGUACGGUUUUCACUGAUGGCCUAAACUUCCCUUGCCGCUGCCUAACACUGUGGGUCACCGCGAGGAGAUGGGCUCGGCAGCCUCAGAAACACUACUUCAUUGACUCUCCCGCUAGUGUAACGUACAACCUAACGGCUUAUCGGCGAGUGACCGCGGAACAACUACUGCAGGAGAGUGCGGGUCGUGCGGUCGGGACACUGAACUGCUGGGACUGCCUACGGAUUGGACAGCCGUUGUUUGUAGGGUGGUCCCUCCGACCAUCUGGGACAGGUAUGGGGGCAGGUAGCCCACGUUGAACCAGCCUGGGAGAGAAGGAGCGAAAGAAAGAGUGGUUGUAGAAGCGACGAGGAAGGCAGGAGGGAGUGGGUGAAACAGUGAAGGUGCCCGUGCGUAGAUACAAAACGGACAACUGGGACAACUCUUCCAACUUUGGCGUCAGUUGCCAGGAAGUGUGACUUGAAUGAGUCAAUCUCCCGCUGCUGUGUGGUACGGAUAGGUAGAUGCACUUGCUUCGGAUUUGGAUCCCUAAAUAGAAGUCAGUGAUAGUGCGUGCCGUUUGAUACUUGUAGUAAAUUUGAUUGGACUUGAAGUGUAGGAGUACCGUUUGGGGCAGGAAUCUGCUGGGAUUUCAGCAAGAACCCUCAUCGCUUCGGAUGUCUGAAGUGACCAGCUGAGACAGCGGACGUCAACAUGAAGAUCCCUGUCGUCUGCUGUUUUCUCCUUCUGUUGCUUGUCCUAUCCAAGGCCAAGGAUGUCUGGAACCCCUGCAGUCGACAGUGUGGAGGCGGACUCAGCAAGAGUGGGUGUGAGGAGGGGGGCGUCUGCAACACGUCCGUUAAAUACAGGGUCUGUAAUCGACAGAAGUGUAUGAAGGACGGGUCAACCCCCAGAGAGGAGCAAUGUGGUCGUUACAACAAUAUUCCAUUUCGCGGCUCUCUGUAUUCAUGGAUUCCGGCUCAUAAACCACGAACACCCUGCGCCCUUAUCUGUAGGAGUGCCGUCACUGAGGACAAGGUCACUGUCAAGUUGAACGAUACCGUUGACGACGGGACGGGCUGCGGCAACAACAGUGUAUGCAUAGCUGGUAAAUGUCUGGACGUUGGCUGUGACGACAUAGCUGGAUCUGGGACGGUGUUGGAUGUCUGCGGUGUGUGUGACGGCGACGGGACCAGCUGCAAGCAGGGUUCGGCCCGAACCAAGGCCCGCUACCAAUGGGAAGUGAACUGGGUGCCCUGCUCCGUGACGUGUGGUACAGGACACCAGAAGAUGAUAUCCAAGUGUAAAAAUACCCAAACUUACGACGUCGUGGCAGACAGUAUGUGUCGGAACUCCAUCCGUCCCAAGGACGUGUCCGUCAAGUGUACCCUGAGGGCGUGUUCGGCCGACAAGAAGCAGAUUCUCUGGCUGACGGGGGUCUGGUCGCCGUGUCCUGUGACGUGUGGGGUCGGGUACAAGUACCGAAACGUCAUCUGUAAGCACCAAGGGAGGGGUAGAUGCUCCACUUGGAACAAGCCCCCCACACGAGUCACGUGUGACACCGGUGUGUCGUGCAGCCAAUACAGAGGCGGCCCAGACAGUUACCAGAGCGACGACUGGAGGCGUGGGGAGGUGGGUCUUCAGUCUCUCAACCCCUUCAAAACAAGAAAAAAUGAGGGGAGACCACUCACACCCAGAUUCCUGGCGGGGGACUGGAGUGUGUGCAGUGUGACGUGUGGGAGAGGGGUGCGGACACGGACGGUCAAGUGUAAGGUCUACUUCGACAUCUCCGGCAAGGUGGAAGCGGUCCCUGACUCGGAGUGCUACAGCAAGAAGCCAUCCGAGAAAGAAGUGUGUGUUCUACAAGCAUGUCGGGAAACGGAGGUCUCUCCAGGGGUCACAGGAUUUAACGAGAUCUUCAGUCCAGACGAAACCUUCCGAUGGGAGCUUGGGAACUACUCCACCUGUACUCAGAGCUGUCUGCGAGGUACCCAGAGAACUAGACUGGAGUGCGUGAGGGAGAAGAACGGCGCCAUCGUGUCCGCGUCUAACUGUCUGCACCUCAUCAAGCCUACCACCAAGGUCAGGAGCUGCAAUGAUGUGCCUUGUCCGCCCAGGUGGUCUACCGGGGAGCAUGGCCCCUGUACUGCUGACUGUGGGGGUGGCGUCCAGCGACGCACUGUCCAGUGUGUCCAGGAUAUCGGAUCCGAGACGACCAAGACUAUUCCCGACUACCGGUGCCCCGACCCUAUUCCUAUCUCAGAGCAGAGCUGUAAUACCCAGUUCUGUCCAGCACAAUGGCAGACAGGGAACUGGACUGAGUGUACAGUGACGUGUGGACCAGGCGUCCAGACCCGACGAGCGUAUUGUACCAAAGCUCCAUUCCGGGGUCACAAGGUCAUGGUUGCCGACACUGAGUGCAUGGGUCCUCGUCCAAUGACAACUCGAGAAUGUCAAAUAAGCGAAUGCUUUCCAGGGGCAUCUACAUCACCUGUCAUCAAGUCUGAGAACUACACCUUUAUACAGUUCAAAAGGUCAAAACGGGUCAAGGUCACAGUUGGAGGUCGAUUGGUUCUCCUUCCUGGCCAGUCUGUGACCGUCAGGUGUCCAGUUAAGAACUAUCAUCGGCGCCUUCUCUUCUGGAGCAAAGGUUUCAAGCUGAUACCUAUGGCUGGACGGGUGAGGACAACCUUUAUGGGAAACCUGAAGAUUAAGAGAGCCAAUCCAAGUACCGAUGCUGGCACCUACACUUGUAUGGCUGGGCUGGAAAGUGCUGACAUCAUUAUAGAGUUCCAGACAAAGUCUGCUGCUCAGAAGAAGGCAAAGGAGAUGAAGAAAUAUUUAGGGGAGAAGGCAAAGUUACAGAAUUUAGUCCUGAAGCCAGAAUCGGACAUUGUAUCCGCAGCUCGUAUUACUGACAAUGGUUUAGUGAGCGAUCCUCAAUUGAAUACAUCCAAAAAGCUGGUGUUCACCACAGGCGAGUGGUCGCCUUGCUCUGUCACGUGCGGUUCUGGAAACCAGCGUCGUGACGUAAUGUGUGCCCGCGUCACAUACAAAUAUGUCAAAAUCCUACCAGACAGAGAGUGUAUAAAAUGGGGAUCAACCAAACCUGAGGCAGUGCGGAAAUGUUCUCUGCAAGCUGAUUGCCCCCUCUGGAAGUCUGCAAAAUGGUCCAAGUGCUCAAUCAACAACUGUAUUCGAGACGGAUUCGCCCAGAGAAAGCGGGCUGUGGACUGUAUGUACAGUAACGGGACUGUAGCUCACCUGGAGGUGUGUCAGGCAGACGACAAGCCCGAUCACAAGCAGGAGUGUGUCAAGCUGGACUGCAUGUCCAUGUGGCAGACGUCAGCAUGGACUGAAUGUCAGCCCUUCUGUGCUAAGGAGGGUUUCAAGACUCGGAUGCUGACCUGUGUGUGGAGGAAGACAAGGGCUCCAGCCUGGUCCACCUGCAAGAGGAAACCCCGACCAUCCGUGAAGAAGCCAUGUGCUCCAAGAAAGUGUCAGAGCAAUUGUCAGGACAUGUCGCGGUACUGCAGCAUUGUCGGCAUGUUGAAGAUGUGUCGUGUGAAAGACUUCCGUGAGAGGUGCUGCCACACGUGUCGCAGAUACAACACAACCAAACCUAAACGGCAUUCAUCAGCAAUUGAAACAUUCUUCAAUCUGGAAAAUCAACAAAUUGUCUAACUGUAGCGGAUUUGAAAAUUGCCACCGUCAAGCAAGUCGGUAAUGAUGGCAGGCAUAUUUUGCUAUGAUGUCACAGAUUGCUUGGUACUGUCUUCAUCUGUUUAUUCCAUGGACUAUGAGGGAUGUGCCAUGUUUUCGUUAAGACAGGUUUGAUGGACGACUUGUUCCAACUACCAGCAGGACAACAUAUGGUUCGUUGCCUGGCCUGUGCCCUCUCAUACAGGAUGACCCAGUGGGUGCAGGGAUGUCAUGACAAUCUCUCCAUCAAGUUCUGGUUCCUGAGGAGGAUGGAACAGUGUAUGUGGCGCUCAAACCAGAGCAGAAUCCUGAAUAACAUAUUCCGAUUGUUUUAAGCAAACUUCUGGUAAUGUUAGUAGAACAUCACUUUGAAACUUAACAGGAUCUUUUUGACACAAUAAGUGGGCAUACUUUAAACAUUGGUAAUGUUUCACCAUUACAACACAGUCCUGGUCAGUACCUAUGGUACCUAUUCCUGGUAAAGCCUUGUAAUGAAGUACAUUCAAACUACCCAUGUCAACACCAUCUUAACACGAAAUGUACAAGUUUUAUUUCAAUCAAUAUGUUACUCACCUUCAUCUGUUGGUGCAGGCAUACUGCCUUUAGCUUUCAAUGAAAACAUUCUGCUCUCUCCACACUGUGUCUGUUAGAAUGUAGAGGUUGCAACCCUGAACAAUUGGGUUUCAGUGGCUGUUAUGGCGAGUUUUCUAUUUAAACAUAUUUUAUUUUGUGAAGGUCGAUUGUUAAAUGUCAACUUAAAAACAUAAUUUCCAAUGUAAAUAACACCUAAAGUAACCUUUUCUCCAUUCCACAGAUCACUUAAAUGCCUACUAUCAAACCGAAGCAAUGUAUUUGUGUCUUUGCAAUCUAGUCCUAUCAUACCAUCAUAUCGGCACAUCUCAACUAUGGCAGCUCCCCGGGACCCAACAGUAUUACAGGAUAAGCCUCCAAACAACACCAUAUUUUACUGACCACUUUUUCAGGUUUUUGAAUGUUACAUGUUUUUUUCUCAAUGCACUGCAAUGCAUUUAAAUGUGUUAUUGUUAUAUGUUGUAUUUCAUUGAAAGUAUUUUGAAAUAAUUCAAGAGCGGCUAUAACUUCCAAGCAAGUUGCAACAGUGGUAAUCAAAUACCGGUACAUUUAUUUUGAAGUGAUAUUUGCUGAUCACCUUUUAGUUGACUCAAGUGGGUGACAGGUCUUGUGCAAGCAACAGGACUAACAUUGUACAACUAGCUCCAUGGACUUACUCCUACAACAGCGCUAUUGGAAGACUUGCUUACGGACUAUCAGGAAUCCAUUUAGAUUGGUUAUUUCAUCAUUUGUGUCUUCAUUUCGUCAUCCAUUUAUGAUUCUCUUCAAAUGUUAUAGACACCUAAAGCAAAAAUAAUUGGAAAUUUGAGUUAUUAUUUUAUUCUUGGUAAUAUUUACCGGCUUCCUUAACAGAGAACAUUCUUUAGAUGAUGAACCUUCUUGCUAUAUAUUUGUCUCUUCACUCGGAAUGCUGCUGGAGGCUAUUUCUUUGUCGAAUCCUCACAAAUGAUAAUAUCUGGAACUGAAAUGUUCACAAAGCUUGUUUAAGAGUAAAACACAGUUGGUGUCAUUUUCAUCCUGCAGUGUCAACGUAUGUCAGUCUGUGUGGACAUGUUACUUCUGUGGUUGUCUGAAUGCUAGCAUUGGAUAGAGGGGUGCUCUUGACAUCAUGAAGUAUCUCCUGAUACGUAAGAUAAAAGUUUAGGAGUCCCCACCAUGCCUGAGUUUAGUUUGGCCAGUUUGUGUUAGGCAGAAGAACAUAUAGGGCCGAGGGCAGUUGGUGGUCAAGAACUAGUGAAUGAUUUCAUUUAGAAGCUCUGACAGAAACAUGAAAUACAUAUGUAGUACAGGUAUAAACACUUACCUAGAACACUGGUGUAUAUAUUUUCUCCCAUGGAGACAAACAAGCAAGUGCCAUGUCGUCAUGACAACCCAAUACAAUGUAGUCCCAAGCUGGAGCUAUGCUCUCUGCUGUAUGUGUGUAGUGAUAAGUCUGGUGUAGUCAAGAGCAGUGUACCUACUAUUUAUUUUUGUAUAUACAUAUUAUAUUCACUUAGGAUUGUGUACAUAAUGUGACCACUUUUGUCGGAAAUUAAAGCCAAAAUAUUUACUUA